CGGCGGGCGCCGGAAGUUCGCCCCGCCCCUCAUUGUGCGGCUUCUACUAAACGGAAGGGGCCGGGAGAGGCCGUGUUCAGUCGGAUCCCGGCAGGAGCUGCGGCGGCUCGCUUUUCCAACUGCUCUCCCGGUCUCCCUUUUGCUUCCGGAAACAUGGCUUCCGGUGUGGCUGUUUCUGAUGGUGUCAUCAAAGUGUUCAAUGAUAUGAAGGUGCGCAAGUCCUCAACACCAGAGGAGGUGAAGAAGCGCAAGAAGGCCGUGCUGUUCUGCCUGAGUGAGGACAAGAAGAACAUCAUCCUGGAGGAAGGCAAGGAAAUCCUGGUAGGUGAUGUGGGGCAGACUGUGGAGGACCCCUACACCACCUUCGUCAAGAUGCUGCCUGACAAGGACUGCCGCUAUGCCCUCUACGACGCCACCUAUGAGACCAAGGAGAGUAAGAAGGAGGACCUGGUGUUCAUCUUCUGGGCCCCUGAGUGUGCACCCCUUAAGAGCAAAAUGAUCUAUGCCAGCUCCAAGGAUGCUAUCAAGAAGAAGCUGACAGGGAUCAAGCAUGAAUUACAAGCUAACUGCUACGAGGAGGUCAAGGACCGCUGCACCCUGGCAGAAAAACUUGGUGGCAGCGCUGUCAUCUCCCUGGAGGGCAAGCCUUUGUGAGCUACCUCCAGCCCCCUGCCUGGAGUAUCGAGCGGCCCCAGACCUGCUCCUGGGUGUUGCAGGCUGCCCCUACCUGUCAGAGGGCCUAGGGCGAUCCUUCACCCCAGUUGCCAAACCUCCUACCCCCGGACCGUCCUCUUCCCUCCAUCCCUGGCGGUCUGGCCAUCCCAAACUGCUUUUGAUCUUUGAUUCCAUUUGGGUUGAAGCAGACCAAGUUCCUCCCCAGACACCCAGUUUGGGGGGGAGCCUGUAUUUUUUUUUUAACGAUACCCCCUAUUCCCAUCUGUCCCUCCCCUUCCCAUGCUGCCAACUUCUAACCGCAAUAGUGACUCUGUGCUUGUCUGUUUAGUUGUAUGUACAUGGAAUGUUGUGGAAAUGACCCUCCCCAAGCCAGCUGGUUGCUCUCCCUUCUUCCUUGGUCUUGCCCAAUUGUGGAAGCAAGGCAAGGGACCUUCAAUUUAAAAAAAAAAAAAGAGAAAGAAAAAAGAUAAAAUAAAAAGGCUAAUUAACAAGG